AUGACCAUCAGCACCAUGUUUUGUGUAUCAUCAGUCAUCAUCAUCACCUUAUGGGCUUCCAUCUCCAAAGCCGCAGUUACAGUCAGUAUAACAAGUGCCAUUGGACGAUCCGAGCAUAUCUGCAUCCGUUAUUGUCUUCAGUAUGGCCUUGGCAAGGAUCUCGGGGAAGCCCUUGGUUGCGAAGUUCCUCUUGACAACAACUGCUACUGCGCGACGGAUUCUGCAUCCGCCUCCGUAGCCAGCCAGUUCCUCAACAGGUGUGCUAGUCAAUCCUGUGGACGGGGCGACAUGACACGGGAUUUGGCUAGCAUGAGGAGCUACUACUCCGGCUAUUGCAACGACAACACGCUUACACUUGGUGCUGGGUGGACUGCCGCUGCUGCUACCUUGACUUCAAAUACGGAAGCAACGUCAACGUCGAUUAGACCAUCUUCAACGGCUCACUCGGAUACGUCGAGAAAGACGACGGAUUUGUCUGGUUUGGCGACAACGACUGAUGGCGGAUUGGCGAAAACGACUCCGAAACCUGAUUUGGGUGUGACCUUUACAUGGGGAGCGGGACAGGAAACACAGUCCCCCAAUUCAGAAACCAAGAACGACAACGACACGAAAAAGAAUAUUGGAAUCGGACUAGGCAUAGGCAUACCCGCGGCCGCAAUAAUUGCGGGAGUAGUGGUGUGGCUCUGUAUGAGACACCGGAAGAACGUCAGUCAGAACGGCGACCCGGAACCGUCUUACACACACCAAGUCCAAGUGAGUGAAUCGCAAUGGGAGCAAGUGAACACUAUACCAGCCCCAUAUCCGGCCAUUAGCAAGACGGAUUUCAAGCCUACGGCUUCAGUCUCGCCCAUUACCCGCUCUUCGCCAGGAACGCCAGUACAAGGCAAAGCUCAAGAGCUAUCUAGCCGUGGUGCUGCCAGGGAGAUAGAUACCCGUGUUGUUAACUAUCCUGAUACGAGUAACGGUCAGCAAGUCUCUAGUCAACAUUAUGAGAUGUCUGGACGGCAGACACGGCAGGAAAUGGGGGCGCAUUCAAGCCACACGCAAGCUUGGGAGCUUCCGGGGAGGUAG